AUGACCUCUGCCAUGUUUUAUUCGUGCUGCUCCCUGGCAUUUCUGUUCCCUGGUGGAUGGGCCUUGAAUUUGCGUGCGAAGGGAUUGGAUGAAGCAGAAAGCUGGCAGAACUUGAGCCAUUUGGAAAAUGCAUCCUAUGCGCUACCACCACAUGCUCAUCAUUACCAGUUUGUGGCCACCACCACACGUUAUGGUACCAAUCCGCACACUGCUUGUGGCUUGGAUUCGGGAGCACUGGUUCAAGGUACAGGUUACCUGGCCGUUGCUUCCGCUCAAGCCAUGCAAAACGGCUGCUGCCGAUGCAACCGCAACGGCGGGGGUGGGCAACGGCUGCCAUGGGCUGCGGGGCCUGUGGAAAGGGCAGGUUUAUCCGUCAACUGCCACGUGGCUUCAAGAGACCUGGCCAAGAAAGACAGCUGGUACAAGUUGGUGGUGGUUGACAUUUGCCCGCACUCCAACAACCGGAUGUGGUGUCCAGAGCACGCUGGACAGACCGAUGACUUUGGAGUGCAGAAUCAUUUUGACUUUGCCACGGUGCCUUCGAACUUUGACAACUACUACUUUGAGUUCACACCAGAACCUUGCAACCAUGAGAUGCAGUCGCGCUUGGCGCGCAUGUCCAAGUGUCGAAAAGCCUUGGGCCCGCGCUACAUCGAGUUCCACCCCACGUUGCCCAUCGCCUACGUGGUGAACGAACUCGCCUCAGACAUCUCUGUCUUCGAGUUCGACAUGACAGCCGCGGAGGCCAUUAUCAAAAGUGGAAAGGAUGAUGAUGGCAAGGAGGCCAAACCAACCCUGCGCUUGGUACAGUCGGUUCGCACCAUUCCUGACGCCUUUCCGGGAGAAGCCAAUACUUGCGGUCGUGUGGCUGUCCACAGCUCCGGGAACUUUGUCUUGGUAUCGAAUCGUGGACACGACAGCAUUACGGUCUUCCGCGUUCAUUUUACUCCUGGACACAAGGGCCUGUUGUCCGUGGCUGUGACGCAGCACACCCGAGGAGCCACACCAAGGCACUUUCAAUUUGAUGCCUCUGGGCAGUGGCUCAUCACGGCCAAUCAGGAUUCAGAUCACAUUUCGGUGUUCCGCUUCAAUUUGGCCACGGGCAAGUUGGAGUUCACCGGCAACGAGUACGAGGUUCCUUCUCCAAACUUUGUGUGCAGCGUGGUGCCACAUCAGCCGCUUUUCGGAAAGCGACAUCCAGGGCAGGGUUCGGAAAGACGUCCAGGGCGCUGGGAACAUGCGGAAAGAUUCCUGGAUUCCUGA